CUUGUGCGCUUGUAAUGCUCUGUGGUGCACGACCAAAACAUGCUGGCGAACUGUGCCACACAGAACUGACCUAUCUCAGUGCGAUGAAAAGCGACCAACAUGUGGCAACUGUAAGAAGUCUGGCCGCGACUGUCCGGGGUAUCCAGAUGAAUUCGACCUAGUGUUCAGAGAUGAGAACAAGGCCAUGGCAAGAAAGGCGAGAAAGACGUCUGGCCCGACGCCGAGUAGGUGCAGCCCUGGUAGCUUGAGCUCGCAACCUUCGCCAAAUCAGUAAGACACUAUUCCCAACUCACCACAAGCAAGACGUACAAUGUUCGUUGCUUGCCUUCCAAUGAGAUGAAGUCACAUGUCUCUCGUUUUUACCCCAAAUUCAGAACAACCCAUAGUGGCAAUUGCUGACUACCAUAGACCUACCUUUAUCACAUUCGAAGUGUCAGGUACUUCGCCAUCGUCAGCAGAAGAUCCUUCUACAGCACAAACCACACCAAAUUCGGAUCAGCAACUCAUAAUCAUACCACAGUAUCCGGAGGCACUAUCCUCGCAAGGACUGUUCGACAAUUGGCUAUGGAAUCUCGAUCAAAUCCCACAGUCCAUUGUGAUGGCGCCAGACUAUGAGGCUGUUACUUUCUUCUUCAAGAAUUUCAUCACACUUCCACAGCAAGCGGAAAGUACAAGAGGAUAUCUUGAGUUUCUUGUGCCACUAUACAAUCAAGCAUUACCAUCAUCAGUCUUGCAUCUGGCCACCAGUGCUGUCGCCAUGGCAGCUUGCGGUCAAUAUCCAGGCAGAGAAGCACUCGUGGGUGAGGCUGUCAAAACUUACGGCAAGGCCAUUCGGAAGCUUAACACCGACCUCAAGGAUCCUGUGAUGGGCAAAUCAAAUGAGACAGUGCUGGCCAUCCUAAUGUUCUCGCUUUAUGAGACCAUCAUGUCAACCGAUGACACCAUUACCGCGUGGGGCAAUCAUGUCGAUGGCGCUGUCGCCCUCACAAAGAUGCGCGGCACUGACCAGUUCAACGACCCCAUGUCGCACGCCAUGUUCCGCGCCGUCCGCACCAUGAUGAUAACAUCGUGUGUGCAGCGCUCUAAACCUAUCGAUGACUUCCCGGGCCAGAGAGGCUGGAUAGGCGAGUCUGACAUUGCAUCAGAAAACGCCGCAAACCGCCUGACCCUGAUCUGCAUCGACCUGCCCAACCUACGCGCCCGCGCCAACGGACUGACCAGCACGCUCUACGACCCAGCCGAGGAAUCAGAAGCGCAUGAAAUCAUCGAGUUUGCGCAGAUGGUCGACGGGAAUCUCGAAGAGUGGUACCGCACGCUGCCGCCGGAGUGGAAGCACCGCAUCAUCGGCGUCGAAUCCGAGAUCCCAGAGGACAUUGCCAACGCGGAGAAGUGGCCGGGCGAGCAGCACGCGUACCACGACGUGCCGCUGGCAAGCAUCAUGAACGACUACCGCGUGUGCCGCAUCUUCUGCCGGCGCGUGAUGCUCGCCGGGCUCGACUGGCUGGGCUACGGCGGGUACGCGGACAAGGCGACGUACACGCACAGCACGUUCGUGGUGCAGCAGAUGGUCGACGAGCUGAGCGCGUGCGUGCCGUUCCAUCUCGACUACGAGCUGCAGCCGCUGGCCAAGGAGACAGGGCAAGAGCAGUAUGCUGCAGAGGCGUUCGGUGGCUACUCACUCGUCUGGCCCCUCUACGUCGCGGCCAAUGCUGACACCGUGCCGCAGCUGCAGCGCGAUUGGCUCCUCGGUCGCCUCAGUGUUAUCGGGUAUAGGUUUGGGCUUAGUAGCGCUCAGGUCCUUGUCCUCGCCAGGCGCCAUGUGCUCACCUGCGGUCCCAUGUUCCCGUGAGCCAGGUCUCGCGCCGGGAAGAGCAGAAACUCGAUAUAAGAUGUCAUGGAACGCCAGGGUAUUUGAAGGCCAGGGGAAUGGAAGGUCAGUGGAGAUGUAGGGAGAAGGCCGGGGGCUCAAAACGGCGCGGGGAAAGAUAUAGAUCGAAAGAGUCCUGAGGCGAGCAAGCAAGCACUCGUGCUACGGACUCGAUCUAGCGCGGGCCCCCCACAGAGUCAGCGCCUGCGAGACUCACAACAGAGAAACGCGCCCGGGAUGCAUAACGCAGUGGUGUUCCCGUCCCGCAAAGCAGCGCCGUGGAAAGACCAUGUUCGUGGCGGUACAUACAGGGACCUUU